AUGGACCUGGUGGCAGCUGCCCUGAAGGCAGCUUCCAUCCCUUUCGUCCGCCUGGACGGGCGCUGCACCGCCGCGCAGCGCGCCGACAUGCUGCGCGCCUUUGGCAGCAAGGCGCAAGGCGCGCCGCGCGUAUUCUUGGCGUCACUCAAGGCCGGCGGCGUCGGCAUGAACCUGACUGCCGCGUCAGAGUGCCACCUGCUGGAGCCACACUGGAACCCUGCAGUGGAGGACCAGGCAGCGGACAGGGUGCAUCGCCUGGGGCAGCCACAUGAUGUCACGGUGUACCGCUAUGUCGCGCGGGGCACCAUCGAGGAGCGGAUGCUGACGCUGCAGGACCAAAAGCGUGCACUCGCGUCGGCGGCGUUCGAUGUGCGCAGGGGCGCCUCGGCCCGCGAGGCGCGAAUGGCAGACAUUCGGCUGCUGAUGCAGCUGUGA